UUUGGCCGAAUUUCCCGUGCAGUGUCAGCUUUUCGCGAAAACAUGGACGUUUCUCCCGAUGUUUGGGGUCAACUGGCCUUAGAAGCCUCCCAAGUCUACCUCACAGAUGGCACCGCAGCUAAAAGCCCUUUCGCCGGAACGACAGUCGAGAAACUACCAGACAAAGUCCUCCUCCACAUCUUCAGUUACCUAACCCACAAAGAAAUAUGUCGAAUGGCGCGAGUGUGCAAAAGAUGGCGCUUGAUAGCAUACGACACCAAACUCUGGAAGAACGUCUCGCUCCGCCCGGAAAUUUCAGGACUCCACGUGGGAUCCCUGGAAGCCCUACUCGCCCUGAUCAGCGUCAGGUUCGGACCUUCCCUGCGCUACAUCGAGCUCCCCAUAGAACUCAUCACACACACCGUGCUGCACGAGCUGGCCAACAAGUGUCCCAACCUCACCCACAUGCUGCUUGACUUCUCUACAGCUAUGCAGCUGCACGACUUCAGCGAGCUGCAAGCCUUCCCCACCAAGCUGCGGUACCUGUGCAUUUGCCUCUCCGAGGUCAUCUUCAUGGAGGGCUUCAUGCGCAAGAUCUACAACUUCAUCAAUGGCCUUGAGAUCCUGCACCUGCUCGGCACUUACGAGAAGAUUGAGGAGGAGGAGGAGGAGAUCUACGAGGUCAUCAAUGUGCAUAAGCUGAAGUCGGCUACGCCUAAUUUGAGGGUGAUUAAUUUGUAUGGGAUCAACUUCGUGGAUGACAGUCAUAUUGAUGCUUUUAGUUCCAAUUGUAUACAGCUUGAAUGCCUGGCAGUAAACUACUGCAAUAAAGUUACAGGAUCGACCAUGAAAACUCUAUUCCAAAGAAGCAGGAGGCUGAAGUGUUUACUAAUGAAUGGAACAAACCUGCAAAGUGAAUAUCUCAUGCAAGUUGAAUGGGAAAAAUGUUCCGUACAGGAACUAGACAUAACGGCAACAGAUCUGUCAACAGAAUGCCUGCAGGAUAUGCUCACCAGACUGCCAGGACUGAGGUUCCUGAGUGCAGGACAAUUGAAUGGAUUCAAUGAUUCUGUUCUUAAAACUUGGAUGGAGGCUGGAAACCCAAGAAAUUUGAUAGCCUUGGAUUUAGACAGCUCAGAUAAUUUGAGCGAAGAGGCGAUCUAUAAAUUCCUCUGUAAACACGGACAUCAAUUAUGGGGCAUUGGAUUAUCCGGGAUGCCACAUAUCACGGAUUCACUAUGGCAAACAGUUUUGCCAAUUUUGACAAAUGCUAAAAUACUGAUUAUGGGAACACAAGAGCGACUAGGAGUGAAUAUUUUGGUAGAUCAACUGAUGGACAGCAUUGCUCAUAACUGUCCAAAUCUGGAGCGAAUAGAGCUCCGGUGGGAUCCAGAAAACUUGAGAUUCUCAGACAAGAGUCAGAAAGCUAUCGACACCAUCAGAGUGAAAUGUUUGAAAUUAAGGUGUUUAUGUUUGAGCGAUGGACGGUACUACGAGGUAGUGAAGGCCAAUUUCGAGAGAGCUGAUAGGAUGACUGUAGUCAGGACAUUAACAAAUUGUAGAAUUUCGAAUUAUUAUUUAUUGUCGAACUAUAAAGACCUGAUUUUCAAUUAA